UUUCCCUCAGAACUGCAAGACGCCGAUAUUGCGUUACAUUGUAGCAAAAUGGCGGCUGUCAUUCAGAAUCCACUAAAAGCGUUGGGAGACCAGUUCUAUAAGGACGCCAUUGAGCAGUGCCGCAGCUACAAUGCCCGUUUGUGUGCUGAACGCAGUGUACGCCUGCCAUUCCUGGACUCGCAAACCGGUGUGGCCCAGAACAACUGCUACAUCUGGAUGGAACGCCACCACCGCAGCCCUGGAGUGGCAGCCGGGCAGAUGUACACAUACCCUGCCCGCUGCUGGAGAAAGAAGAGACGGCUGCACAACACCUCUGAUCCCCGCCUGGGCAUCUACGGUCUCCAGCUCGAUGGUGGCCUCAUGUCCAAGGACACUUUGCCCACCCAGAGCACCACACUGGAGGCUCUGCUACGAGGCGAGGGUCUAGACAAGAGGAACAACUCUAAGAACGACGAGGAGAGCCUGCUGGAGAUCCAGAGGGUUCUGGAGGCAGAUGCAGCAGAAGAUGCCUUCAAUGAUGAUGACGACUACGAGGUGGACACUCCUAAGAGGAGACACCGGGGAAAAGGAAGAGGUCGGGGUUCAGGCCGCAGGAGGGCAGAUCUGGAUGACGACAAGCCAUAUGUCUGUGACAACAGAUACAAACAAAAGAAUAACUCAAAAUCUUCAACCUCAGUCUAUGCGAAGCGCUACAGGAACCGUACGGGACUAAGCUACCACUACACCCAUUCCCACCUGGCAGAGGAGGACAGAGCCGGGGAGAGAAGCACGGUGGCGUCCAGAUCUCCUUCUGUACAGCAGACUGACCGGCACAAACGUCCAAAGGGUCCAGGUGGGACUAGCAUUCCCAACAACUACUGUAAUAAAUGCCAUGGCUCGAACAAGAAAAUGGGUAAAUCUGGGUCCCCCUGCACAGCCUGCCAAUGCACAACUGACCGUGUAGAAGAGAAGGAGGACGGGACUUUUACCGGGGCCGAGGAGCUGUUCGGCACCACCUCGGAGAGCGACACUUCCACCUUUCAUGGAUUUGAGGAAGACGAGCUGGAGGAGCCCGCCACAAACAGCAACGGAAUAUCCAACCGACACAGAUAGAGAGAGCCGUCUAGAUUUCAAGAGACAAUUUUUUUAUAUGGAUUAACCUCUGGCAAAAAUCUGCUGCUUCUUUUUUCAAUGUUUUUUGUUUGCAGAAAGCACAACGUGAUAAUUUCAGGACAGAAAUGCAAGUGGUAUUUUAUCUACUGAACAUUGUUGAAUAAUUUAUGAACACUUUUUUUUAUAAAUAAAUAUAUAUAUUAACUUUUAAGGCAAUGAACGUCAGCAUUUCUUGACAAGUGACUUGCAAAACAGAAGAUGUUUUUGGAGUGUUUCUCCCCCUCCCCCCCCUCACUGGAGCAGAAGGAGCAUAAAUGUUAUGAACAAAAAAACACUGGAGAAAUUGGAAUUUUGAACAAAUGAAAUUUUUAAAAGGCAUGAAUGAUACGUUUGGAAGAUGAUUGAAUGUCAUUGCAGACCCAUACUUGAGCUACUGGAUGUUUCUGAAUCAGUGAUGACUAUGAAGGUCUCUUCUUCUGCUCUAACUCUGGAUUAUACUUGGAUGAAAAUGAAGGAACCAAUGAAAGGACUUGCCACAGGCCAAUGGAAAUGUUGGAGAUGAAGAAGCCUAAAUAUAUAGUCUUUAGAGAUAUGGGGGACUAAAUAAACAAAAGGAGCACUCAGCACAUUGGCAUGUAGCCCAGGGGUGGGGGCGACCAGUGAAGAAGAGGAUUUAACCCUCAAAAACUAAUGAGCCUUCAUGUCCCUUCUGAUUUGGGCCUAAAAUAACUGACAUGAAAUGGAUGGACAGACAUCCACCACUUCUACAGGCCAUGUGGCUUAAUUGAAGCAACUGCUCCCUUGACGAUGUGAAUCGAUCACUUCUGAACAUUUGAAAUGUGAGUCGAUCCAGCUUCAUUUCAUCCUCUCUGCACUGUGCUGGAGCUCCACUGAACUAUGGGAACACUAAAGGCCAGGCCUUUGGACUGUUUGUGCCCAACGGGUGCAUUUUGGGCCUCGCGGCCCAGCCUGUCCACUCCUGCUCUGUGACUGUGUGUCUGCUGCGUGAUCCGAUGUGACACUAAGACGUCAUUAUCCUCAUCACUGUGCCAGCCUGCCGCUCUGCACUGGAAACCAGCUCUGACAGCCAUGACCCUCCAACCUGAUUGGACCAGUGACCCUCUGACCCCCCAGCCAUAGAGAUGGUGCUCAACUCCACCACUAUUACAUGCAGACCUCUGGACUACUGUAUUAAUACCCUGACAUGGACACAAAGGUUUUAUCUUUCUGCUUCUGUCCCUCUGUCUGUUUACGCUCUCUAUUUCCUGGGCCUCCCUGAUCUCAUUCUGAUGCGAAACGGUCGCAGUAAUUUAGCUCUUUUUUUUUUUUUUUCAUCUUUUCUCUCUUGUAUGAUAUUUCUAUGUUUUGAACUGUUUAAACUUUGAUUAGUAUGACUCCUUGGGUUUGUUCAGACUGUAUUGAUACCUCUGUCCUGAUCAGGUGCACAAUAGCCACAACUACUCAGGCAUCUUUUCAUUUCCUCUGCCGUUGAUUGUUCAGCCACUCAGCCCUGAUUCAUGUGAUUGUAUUCAGUUGGCAAGGAGGAACAAUAACACCACACAAGGAUCCCAUUAUAAUCAACUCCUGAGAGGGGUUUGGGAUGCUGCGGUCUCACGCUAUAGGAAAAAAAAAAACAUCGCAAUAACAAGCUUCAACUUUGUCUGUUAUCUGCUGAUUUUACCUGGUGUCUCACUCGCCAUGCAAAACCUUUCCACAUUCUGUUUGAAACUUUCUGUCUCGGUAGAUAAUGACAAGAGUGAGAUUCAUCUCUGAUGCAUUUGAAACCAAUAUUGUUGGCGGAGAGAUGCAACUCUGCUCCAACCCACAUUACUUAAUGAGAAGUAAAAACUGUAAAUCCAAGUUAUCUGUGACAUUUCCGUUGAGUGCUUUAGAGGGCCUAAUUGCUUCAUGACAUUUAGAAGGUGCUUGAAGUACUGUAUCAAAAAGCCUUUAGGGGUCCAUAGGUUGUGCAUACUGUGUAAGAGGUCUGUGUCCAUCCAUGUGAUUAUUCAGGAUCACUGCAAUGUAACAAUAGCCGCUCUGUUUUUUUUUGUUUUUUUUUUUAAGAGAACCAUUAAUCCUACAUAUGCGUCUUUUAUGACUUUCAUAAGUGCUUGUGCAUUCGAACCAUCUUUCUUCACUUCCCUCAGGGACCCUCCACACAGCAGUUUGUCUCCUCUGGGCAAAGAAUGGAUCAGAGACUUGUCAAUAAUCUUCUCUUGUAUCAGUUAUGUGGUGUCUCCACAGUGAAAUGGGUCAGUGUGUCUUUUAUCUUCCAAAGUCAUGCCAGUAAGUGAAAGCAUGUGUCAUCAAUCAUAACCUUGCUAAAUGUUACCUACCGUAUAUGAAAGGCCUCGUGCAGUGCAGUUCUGAACAAAAGGAGAAGCUCCUAAAUGCAAAAGUCAGCGAUAUCUUCUUAGAGUUAUGUGUCACCAAUCAUUGAAUAGCCUGUAUACCUCGUCAAAGACACAGCAAUAGGCCCUGGUACUCUGUCAAGCCUGCAAGGGGUGGAGAGGGAUGAUCGGGGCGGGAACGGAGCCAAGAGGAGAUGAAAUGGACAUGACUGGGCGUUUGUUUCAUCUUCAGCUGUAAAUACAAGUCAAAAUGGAGAGAAUGAAGUCUUUGUUUGUUAAACUAUUUUUAUUGUUCUGAAAAAAUAAAGAAUUAAUGGUAAUGCUCAA